AUGGACUCCUGUGUUGACCUGUGUCUGUCUUUUGGUCUGCCCGCCUGGAUGGCUCCUCUGUUGCAUGCAGCCAAGCAUCUGCGCAGUGACGUUGCGUCCAGGAGGAAGGUCUACAAACUGCUGCAGCGCAGACUGAGAAACUGCGGCGUGGGCGUGACUGCGGACUCCGGACGCAGUCCCACAUACGUAUACCCCGACGAAGUGAAGAGGCUGGUACGCUCCGUCUUCCCCCAGGACUUGUGUGGCUACCAGGACCCCACUCACCCUCAGGUGGUGUAUGUGACGGUGGAAGACCUGCACAGGGUCCCUUCAGACCGACCACCACACUGGACACAGUGUACAAUGGGUGCGUCCCUGACCGCUUCGGCAUCGCCAACUGUCAGAGCAGAGGCCAUGGCUGUCCCCCCACAGGGCUGCCCCAUGCACCAGGACACUCCCUCUAUUAAAGCACCUCCACCGGAGUGUCCAAUGCACCAGGCCCAGCCCGUCAGAGUGUCGCCUCCCUCGGAGUGCCCCAUGCACCAGGCGUCACCAGGCCCCGCCCACCAGGAUCGUGCUUAUGAGUUUGUGAAGGGAGCCAAUGACAUUGAUCCUGCCAACAUGAUGCCACCUCCAAAUCAGAAUCCAGCUCCAGACCAGCCCUUUCCUUUGUCUGUGUCCCGCGAGGAGUCUACGAUUCCACGCCACGGUAUAAGCAACAACUGGGUGUACCCGUCAGAGCAGAUGUUCUGGAACGCAAUGCUGCGCAAAGGGUGGCGCUGGAAAGAAGAUGACCUCGCUAAGGAUGACAUGACCAACAUAAUAAAAAUUCACAACCGCAAUAAUGAGCAGGCCUGGGAGGAGAUCCUCAAGUGGGAGGCCCUGCACGCCCAGGAGUGCCCAUGUGGCCCAACACUGAAGAAGUUUGGGGGGAAGGCAAAAGAGUAUUCUCCCAGGGCUCGCUUACGCCACUGGAUGGGGUACGAGCUCCCAUUUGACCGUCACGACUGGAUUGUCGACCGCUGUGGCCAUGAGGUACGCUACGUCAUCGACUACUACGAUGGAGAAAUCAACAAGGAAAACUACCAAUUCUCCAUCCUCGACGUCCGGCCUGCUUUUGACUCUCUGGGAGCAGUUUGGGAUCGGAUGAGGGUGGCGUGGUGGCGCUGGACCUCCUAA